AUGCGGCUGUCUCCUAUCUCUACAGAUGUAUCAUUUGCCAUCAACUUGAGCGACGAAGAGCCAAUUGGAGAAUAUUAUGUAUUUGCAUUUCUCCCUGUUCGUAGCAGCGGCUUUCACUUUCUUGUAAAUGCCGACUUCGACCUCACUUCAUCUCGAGAAGAUAUCGACUGUUCUAGCCAAUGGAAUCAGAAUUUAGCUGGGCGUCUCCCUUCGGUUUUCGUCCAAAUGAUCAAAUGCUGCCUUCAACUUCCGGAAUCUGCCCUCUUAACUGUAGGCAAAUUUUGCCAUCAUAGCUCAAAAAACUUUUUAAUAUCUCGCAUUCUGGCAAGUCUACCUGUGCAUCAAUCCACCGUCUCCAGUUCUUCUGUGGGU